AUGAAGUUGGACAAGGACAGUAUCUUCUUCAGAAGAAGAAAAGCAAAGCAAUUACAUGAGACAAUGAAAACUGGCACAAUUAAGAGCAGCGACAUCGAGAUGCACUAUGUCGUGAAGUUUCCUCGCCCUUCAGAACACAAAAAUCACAUAACUGGAAUGGCAGCUGGUAUAAGAGAACCAUUGGAUCCAGUGAUAGUGAAGAAGCUAGCAGAGCUGGCCCGCGACGGUGUUCACUCAGUAUGCGAAGCACGGUGUAAACUUCCAGAUAAACUUAGCAGGCGAUUUUAUCCUACGAACAAGGAUAUCUAUAACCAUCUUUACAAAGGAAAGCCGAACCAUUUUUCUUCCAAUGAUCAAAAGAACUUGGAAGAGCUUAUUAAAAAAUGGAAGUUUGAAAAUCCACAAGAUUUCUUUCUGUUUCGUCCUCACUCCGGCAAACCAUGUGCAGAGGAGUCAACAGAGAACAAUGAUAACACCAUCUCAAACGAAGAUACAGAGGAAUCGUUAGAGAUGGACACAAGCACUUUAAUUUUCUGUCAUCAAACGAAAUAUCAGAAACACCUCCUAGGAAAGUAUGGCAAUCAAAUGUGCUUACUCGAUGCCACCUAUAGAACAACGAAGUAUGAUCUCCCACUUUAUUUCUUGUGUGUGAGAACAAAUGUAUGUUACCAAGUUGUUGGAUCAUUUAUCAUACAGUUCGAAAACAUCAAAUGUAUACAGGAAGCGUUGAUGGUGUUUAAGGAGUGGAAUGCUGAUAUAUGGAAGCCUUCUCGUUUUAUGGUAGAUUUCGCCGAAGAAGAAAUUCAAGCACUCGAAACAACCUUUCCAGAUGCGGAAGUACUUCUUUGUGAUUUUCAUCGAGAGAAAUCGUGGCAGGAGUGGACGUCAAAAAUAGAUAAUGGUGUUUUUCAGAAUAAACAGGAAAUUCUAAAUCUACUACGCAAUAUUGCACAUGCUGCUACGUCUGAACAAUGUCAAAAGUCAAUGAACGCCCUGACAGAAAGCAUAUUUUGGAAAGAAAAUCUCAAAAUGAGAAACUGGUUUGGUGGAAAGUGGCUGCCAAACAUUAAGGUAGUAAACUAA